GAGCCGGGCGCGGCGCUCGGGGCGGCGCCGCCCGGGAAGGUGGGCGGGAGCCCGGGCGGGGCGGCCGCGGGCUGGGGAAGGACCGGGAGCCCGCGCCGGCCUGAGCGGCCUCUGCCGCGGGGCGACGCGCCGUCUUGGAGGGGCAGAGCCCGCCCGGGAGGUGGAGGGCGGUGGGUUCAGCGCCUCCCGCGGCUUGAGGCCGGGAGGAGGCGGGCGGGGGCGUCUUCGGGGAAACGCCGGGCGCCGCAUGCCGCGGGAGGGGGCGGCGGCCACCGCACAGAGGCUCCUCCCACGGUGACCACACUGACUGCUUUCCUUUCCUCUCGUGACAGGUGUUAGCUUGGUCUGUCCUGUCACAGCGAGGGGGAUGACCGGGAGGCAGAUUUGAGGAUGAGGUGCCUGUGCACAGUAAGUUGGCUAAGUGUUGCUGCUGCCUGUGGCCUCAGGCAUCUCCUGUGUGCCCCUUGUCAGCUUGGAUGUCCCUUUGGCAGCGGCCUCUACCCUUCUGAGCAAUCCCUGGAGUGGGGCCUUCUGAAUCCCAUGGGUUUGAGACUUGGUUUGUCAACAUGGUUCUCCAGGGAAGAGGAAGAUGUUUAGACAGGUGACAAGAACUUCCCUGGGUGAGAGUUAUUUUUUCUCUUCCUGUAAAUCUGCAGGGGUCUCCCUGCCUGGUAGUGCUCCUGGAUGAUAGUAGUUAGGACAGGGGCUCAUGUUGAGGGCUUGGAUUACUCAAGCUGUCUGGACUCAGUGUUCCCUGGGUGCUGGUCCUUUUUACCUGCUUGAUGUUUAUUAAGUGGCAUCUGUGCUUCCAGCUUCUCUUUGCUGUGCGGCAAAUCUAAGAGCCACAAGAGCCUCUGUGGAGGGGAGGGGAGGGAACUGUGAUACAGCUUCCAGCCCCCGGGAACAUCCCACCCCCUCUACUGCUUCUGUGUUAGUGCAGGGGCCUGAGCUUUAUUCUACUUUUGAGGAAGGGAGCAUUUUUGAUAAGUGGCUUUGUGACUUGGGAAGCUUGAAGUACAGACGGGGGCCCUUGCAGACCAACAGCCAUCAAAAGCAUACCCAGAUGAACUGGUCGCUUCUGGUGCCUUGCUAUUUAUAUAUUGCUUGAUGACUUUGUUUCCCUAAAGACGUCCCCAUGCUGUUAGAGGGCAGGGACUGGGAGGUGGCCUUGUUCCCCUUUCUACUCUGCCCAGCCCAUUGCUAGGCACCUAGCACUUGCUCUUAGGUGAUGAGGUCCUCCACUGAGCACCAGCUCUGCGCCAGGCCCCGUGCUGGGCUCUCCCACUACCAGUGCAUGGACGGGGCUGUGGCCAGGCCAUGUUCUGGGGUGUUCUCCCUGCUGAAGAGCCCUUCCCUGCAGGUGGCCUCCUGCCUGGCCCAGCACCAUGCACACGCUUGUGUUCCUGAGCACGCGGCAGGUACUCCAGUGCCAGCCAGCUGCCUGCCAGGCCCUGCCCCUGCUGCCGCGUGAGCUCUUCCCCCUGCUGUUCAAGGUGGCCUUCAUGGACAAGAAGACUGUUGUGCUGCGCGAGCUGGUGCACACGUGGCCCUUCCCACUGCUCAGCUUCCAGCAGCUGCUGCAGGAGUGUGCCCACUGCAGCCGGGCCCUGCUGCAGGAGCGGCCCAGCACAGAGAGCAUGCAGGCUGUGAUCCUGGGGCUCACAGCCCGGCUCCACAUCCCAGAGACCGAGGCCGGCACGCAGCCCCUCUGCAGGAAGCAUGCACUGAGGGUGCUGGACAUGACGGGCCUCCUGGACGAUGGCGUGGAGCAGGACCCCGGCACCAUGAGCAUGUGGGACUGCACAGCAGCUGUGGCCCGCACAUGCAUCGCACAGCAGCAGGGCGGGACUUCGGAGCCCGGGCUGGCCCCUGUUCCUGUGGAGGUGCGUGUGGACCUGCGGGUGAACCGGGCCUCUUAUGCGUUCUUGCGGGAGGCGCUCCGCAGUAGCGUAGGCAGCCCACUGCGGCUCUGCUGCCGGGACCUGCGAGCUGAGGACCUGCCCAUGCGCAACACCGUGGCCCUGCUGCAGCUUCUAGAUGCGGGCUGCCUGCGCCGCGUGGACCUGCGCUUCAACAACUUGGGGCUACGUGGCCUGUCCGUCAUCAUCCCACAUGUGGCCCGCUUCCAGCACCUGGCCAGCCUGCGGCUGCACUAUGUGCACGGGGACUCACGACAGCCCUCCGUUGAUGGCGAGGACAACUUCCGAUACUUUCUGGCCCAGAUGGGCCGCUUCACCUGUCUUCGGGAGCUCAGCAUGGGCUCCUCUCUCCUCUCGGGGCGGCUGGACCAGCUGCUCAGCACCCUGCAGAACCCCCUGGAGAGCCUGGAGUUGGCCUUCUGUGCCCUGCUGCCUGAGGACCUUCGCUUCCUGGCACGGAGUCCCCAUGCUGUCCACCUCAAGAAGUUGGACCUAAGUGGCAAUGACCUGUCUGGCAGCCAGCUGGAGCCCUUCCAGGGUCUGUUGCAGGCGGCAGCAGCCACGCUGCUGCACCUCGAGCUGACUGAGUGCCAGCUCGCUGAUACCCAGCUACUGGCCACACUCCCUGUGCUGACCCGCUGUGCCAGCCUCCGCUACCUCGGUCUCUACGGCAACCCGCUGUCCAUGGUGGGCCUCAAGGAGCUCCUGCAGGACUCGGCGGCACAGACUGAGCUGCGCACAGUGGUGCACCCCUUUCCUGUGGACUGCUACGAGGGUCUGCCCUGGCCGCCGCCUGCCUCUGUCCUGCUGGAGGCCUCCAUCAACGAGGAGAAGUUUGCCCGUGUGGAGGCUGAGUUGCACCAAUUGCUGGUGACCACAGGCCGUGCCCAUGUGCUCUGGACCACAGACAUCUAUGGGCGCCUAGCUGCAGACUACUUUAGCCUUUGACCUCUGAGCUCUGGGUGAGACAGGCUGUCCUGGGGUCCAGGGCUGCUGGAGGCUCCUCCCCCACUUGGGUAGGCAGAGCCUUUGCUAGGACCUUGCUGGAGGCCUGACACAAAAACAGUGGUGUCUGAUUUUCUUGCUUCUGGGUGCACCAUGAGCCUCCCCAUGCUUUGUGCAGCGCUCUGGGCAGUUUGCCCUGCAUCUGCUCCCCUGACUGGCUGACCGUCUGUGAGCCUGAGGCUGGAUUACGGGCCUGCAGGGCCCUGCUUGGUUUAGCCGCACCUGGCUGCCUUCCAGCAUCCUGGUCCUCUCUGUGGAAUGUUCUUGGGGUCCCAGCUGGGAGCUGAGAGAGAGCCCUUUGGGCCCUUCUCAAGAGCAGACUGUUCUGGGGUUGAAGUUGGGACCGGGGCCUGCUUCAAGGAGGGUAAGGUCCCCAUGCACUCUGGGGCUUCUCAAGGUUCUCCCUGCCCUGGGGCCCAGGAGACUCCCUGUCGGCUAGGCUUUGGGCCCAGAGGAUGUCCUUAAGGUACAAAUGUGCAGUGCGUUUGGAACUUAAGUUUGUGGCUGUUUUUU